AUGGAAAUUGACUUUGUGAAUUUGAAAAGUCAGAACCCAUGUGAUGUUCUGUUUAGUGAUAAGGGAGAAGCAGUGACUGAUGGGGUGGGAGAAGCAGUGACUGAUGUGAGAGACUCAAGUGAAAUCGACCAAAAAGACUUGGACUCAUGUAAGAGAGAGGCGUGCAAAAAUUGGCAUAAAAAAAGGAACAACAACAGUGAGAUCGGAGAAAGUAUUGCAAAUUUACACCAUGUGGAUUGUUCAAGAAAUGUAGAAAUUUACAAAAAAGAGGAAGCUCAACAAGUCCAAAAAGACAAUGAGCUGUAUCAAGCAGGAAUAAAAAAAGGAGAUAACGAGAUGGUAAAUAGAGAGCCAGAAUGCAGAGAGAAAGGGAUUCAUGAAAGAAAAAUAGAAAAUGAACAAAAUGAAUUGUCUCAGAUGCGUGAACAUGUUCAAUGGAGGACUGCCUACCUCGAGUUGAAUCAAGAGGAAAUUCCACGGUUAUGUGAAGUCAAUUCUGGGGACACUCAGGAUGAAAAUAGUGAAUCUCAGGUGAGAAGAAGCACGGAUGUGAAUAGAAGCACGGAUGUGAAUAGAAGCACGGAUGUGAAUAGAAGCUCGAAUCUGAACAGAAGCACGGAUGUGAAUAGAAGCACGGAUGUGAACAGAAGCACAGAUGUGAAUAGAAGCACGGAUGUGAAUAGAAGCUUGAAUCUGAACCAUUACAAAGACAGAGAAACAAUAAUCGAAUUGCACAGAAACAGCAAAGGCACCAAUAUAAACAUAUACAAACGCAUGUACCAGUCGUACAUGUACUUGAAAAAGGAGCAGAGUGAACUAUUGGUUGAAAAUCGAAAAAUGCAGGAAAGAAAUAAAAAAUUAAAGUAUGAAUUAGACAGUUUAAAAGGUAACAACUAUUAUUCCAAUUUUUUUUUGAAAAACGAGUCAGAGAAUCUCUUUGAUGAAUUGGCAUCAGGAAUAAGCAGCAUUUUUAAAUGGAUGGAUAUUGAAAAUAAAAUUUCUCAAAAUAAAGCUUCUCAAAAUAAAGCUUCUCAAAAUAAAGCUUCUCAAAAUAGAGCCUCUCAAAAUUAUUCCCAUGAGGAGAGGAGGAUACCUUCCUCUUCAUUUGAAACUAGGACAGAAGCUCCACAGAAUGGUCAUAUGAAGGGGAAUGAAAUUUGUACACAUUUCUCUUUUCAGAAAAAUGAAAUGCAUAACGAUACAAAAAACAAAUUGAAACAUAAUGAAGAGGAUGCAAAUGAGAAGAGAGUUCAAUUUUUAGAAGUAAAAACUACAGACAGAGAUGGUGAUCAUCAUGCGACAUCACCACAUGUGAAUUGCGAGGAAAGAACCCACCAGAGAAAACUUACAUCUAACAGUAUGCUGAACGAGAAGCAGUCAUGUCUAGGAAAUAAUGUCCAAACAGAAUCAUCCAUAUAUGAACAUUCUCUUGUAAAAAAUGAUGAUGCAAUAAAGAAAAGUAAUUGGUUCAAUAUGAAUUUAUGCAAAAAGGGUUCCCUAAGCAGUAAUCAUAACUCAGGUGAAAAUUACUCUGUGGCAUGUGCGCAACAAAAUUGUGAGACGGAAAAGAAUCACACAUCUAUUGGAGCAGAAUAUAAUGGAGCAGCAUAUAAUGGAGUAGAAUACAAUGGAGUAGAAUACAAUGGAGUAGAAUACAAUGGAGCAAAAUACAAUGGAGCAGAAUACAAUGGAGCAGAAUACAAUGGAGCAAAAUUUAAUGAAGCAGAGUCUAAUGCAAAUGAAUCCGCUAUUGAAAAUAUUAACAGGACAAUCAUAACUAAUAGUGCUAUAAGGGGAAAUGAAUUUGACAUAAGUAAAAAUAAUUCAUUAUGCAUAUCAGAGGAGUACAAAGGAAGCGACAAAAAAGGUAUCGAUUCUGUGAUAAGAGAGAAAGAUUUAUGUAAAAAGAUAAAGGACGAGCUAGACAUGCAAAAAUAUGAAGAAGCUGAAAAUGAUGCGAAUCAGAGGAAAGGGAAAAAAAUGCAGUUUCAAAAUGAGGGUUAUAUAUAUUUGCAACAAAAUGGAAGGGAAAAAUUGACCAUGACUUUAUCUCAAAGGUUUAAUACUCAGGAUGAAAAAAUAAAAAAAAAAAAAAAAAAAAAUUCCUUUCUAUGGCAGAAGGAAAGUCCAAUGAAACGAUGGGGUGUAAAACAUAACUACUUGAACGCAAGUUUAGAAAAUAGAGAAUCCAAAUUUGCAGAAGUGGAUCAUGAAUUAAGAACAUUUCAAAAUAGAAACUAUGUAAAGGAUAAUAUUAUCGAUUACAUCAAGGGAAGACUUCAAUUAGAUGGUAGAUGGUGCACUGACGAACGAAAAGAAGAAAUAGAAAUUACUUACAAUGUUGCAAGAGCAGAUAUGAGUCAACUGAAAACAGUGACACAAUCAGAUGUUAAAAAAACAUCAAGCUAUACUUCAUGUAGCAAAAGGGGUGAAAUUUCUCGUUCAAAUGAGGAUGAUAAAGAUAAAAAUCAUUUAAUCUUUCACAUUUGCAAUUACAAAGAAAAUAAGUAUGUUCCCAUAAAUUUGGAUCAGUUUUUUUUGUCUAAAGAAAAGAGGGCAACAUUGGAUGAGGACUUUAGCUUGAGUUGCUUGAAGAAGAGUAUGGAAUUUAUAUUAGACAUGAAGAGACAUGGAAAUUCUCGUGAUGGAAGCAGCAAUAGAAGUAGCAACAGAAGCAGCAACAGAAGUAGCAACAGAAGCAGCAAUAGAAGCAGCAAUUGUAGCAGAAUGAAAAACAUCCGUGACUUGAGUGACAUUCAGAGAAAUAAUGCACGAAUAGCUGAAGAACAGAACGAUUUUCCUGCAACAUACAUUGAGAACCGUGGUACAUGGAAUGAUAAGAAGACAUAUAAGAAAAUUACAAUAACAUCUGCACAAAGGAGCAAGGAUGAGAACAAUACAGCAUGUGAAGACAGAAAGAACAGAAGAACAGAUAUUAACAAAGAAGAAUUGAGAAAAGAGGGAAUAUGUUCCAAGAUGAAUGAACUUCCGGGAGACGAUAAUUUCGAACAUAAGGAUGAGAAAAACAGAGGUAGUAAAAAAACAGAAAGGAUUCUAAAAAAUGAGGGAAAUGAAGAAAUAUAUUUUUUCAAAUCGAAUCCAAGAAGAGCGAGCAAUAGAAGUGGUAGAUGUAACACAAAGAAGAUGUUCCAAUUUUGCAAAAUGAAACGAUUGAAAGGAAAGAAAAAUAGAAUGGUACAGAAAGUAGACAGAAAUCAUGGCAACAAAAUCGGAGAUAUAAUUACGUACAUAAAUUUAAAGAGAAAAAAAAAACAGCCAGGAGGAUGCAAAACAUUUCAAGUUGCUGUAAAGAAAGAGAGAGAAGACGAGCAUCAAAUUUAUAUAUUUAUGAUAAAAAUGAACAAAGCUAAUUUGUCAUCUCGUGCAAAGGUUGGUUUUCCUGAUGAGGAGCAUUUCAAGAGAGUUCAUAAGAAAAGAAAUACAUUUCUCGUUCGGGAAAAAAAGAAGAAAUUGACAAAGUUGAAGAAGCGAGAGGGAGACUAUUUCAGCUGGAAGGUGAAAAGUCCUUUAAAAGAAGCAGCGGUGGGAGAGGAAGAAGAAGUGGAAGUGAUGGAAGAAGAAGAAGAAGUGGAAGUGAUGGAAGAAGAAGAAGAAGUGGAAGUGAUGGAAGAAGAAGAAGAAGUGGAAGUGAUGGAAGAAGAAGAAGAAGUGGAAGUGAUGGAAGAACAAAGGAGAAAAGACGUACCCCUUGAAGUGGCUACAAUGGGCAGUAGUGGCACUUGUGCUGAUAAAAUUUGGAACUCAAUUGUUAAAGCAACGGAUGAGGGCCAUGAUGACAUAUUAAAAAAGGUCCUCCAUAAGAAUGAUGAAGUCACAGGGAAUGAAAAUGUAAAUAUUGUAACACAAGAAUAUAUGAAACUUGAGAAAAAUGUAGAAGAAAAUUAUGACGUGCUCAUGGAAUGGAAGAAAGAAAUGGAAAAACAUAUACAAUCUCUUAACAUUUCUGAAAGACAAAUCGAAAAGUUAAUGUCAGAAAAAAAGGAUCAAGUAAUAAUAAUAGGGAUAAAAAUUAUUUUGGGUGAUAAUCACAUAUGCUUACUUGUGGAUGCAUUAACCAGCAUUGAAGAUAUAGUAAAUACAUGGAUGAGAAAAAAUGGAAAUUUUCUGAACAGUUAUGUAAAGAAUAAUGAUAAGAUUUCUACAUUUUUUGAAUAUUACUCAAUUGACUUGUUUACCUUUUUGUCCACUUUUUUAAAUAUUCUUGAAAAUUACGUGGAUGAAUUUCCAUUUUAUUUUUCCAUAGCACUUGAAGAAAUGUUUAGUUUUUGUUCUGAGAAUUCGACACAUGCGAAUGGGCGUUUAUCGAGAAGGAAGUUUUCAAACGUUUGA